GCACACACCUACUUAGUAUGACACAACACUUAGACCGCUUAGCUUCUCACUCGGGGAGAGUGUCAUAUCAUUUCUAGUCAUUUUCCUGUUUGAACCUCUUCAUCAUAUUAUUAAUUUCAUGACACAAUAAUGUUGACUUCAAUUUCCGAAUGCGUAUUGUUAAUUAAUUGUAGUGUGGGUGGAUCAUAUUUAUUUGUACAUUUAUAAUGUUUUUAAUUAAUUCUUCUUUUGUAUACAUACAAUGGUUGGAAUAGAAGUUGAUAAAAGAAAAUGCUUUGCUUAUACAGAGUGUUAAAGAGUUAUUGAAGAAUUGGCCGUUAACCCAUACUGUUAAAAACAGCUUCGUUUUGAGAUGACCCCUUACAGGUGGGUGUAUAAACAAGAUUUUACACAGGUAUGAAGGUUCAUGUUGUGUGAUCUGAAUGGCGAAAGGUGACCUAUAUUUCAAUAACUAAAACGGCCUGUGCCUUAAUAUUUUGUACAGCAUACAGACAUCCCGUUAUGGCGGAAUCUGAUCUGGCGCCUUCUCAGAGGCGGGGCAAAGUGACCAUAGUCAGGUGCGACAUGUCCAAUGUCCCCGACGAGUACACCAUGUCUCACCGUCACCGUGGUAUUGCUGUCGUCAUUAACAACAGAGACUUCACCACCCUGGGGGUGGGGUGUCGAGGGGGCACAGACCAGGAUGGGAAGGCGGUCUCCGAACGCUGGGAGGGACUGGGUUUUGAUGUGAGAAUGCACAUUAAUCAGACCAAGAGACAAAUGCAGGAGAUGAUGAUUCAAGCAUCAAAAGAGGACCACAGUGACAGCGACUGCUUCGUGUGUGUGAUUCUGUCUCACGGGGAGGAGGACAGGAUCUACGGUACAGAUGGUCCAGUGGAGGUCACCAAACUCUUGGACCCCUUCAAAGGUCAUCGCUGUCCGACGCUGGCUGGUAAACCAAAACUGUUCUUCAUCCAGGCAUGCAGAGGAAAGGCGACAGACUUUGGAGCCGACGUCACUGACGCCAUGAACGUGGUUGGUGACGGCGAGGAUGAGGAUGGAGAUGACGCCGAGGAGCCGGUGACGUACAGGAUCCCAACGGAGGCAGACUUCCUCAUCGCGUACUCUGUUGUUUCAGGGUACUAUUCGUGGCGUGACAACAUGCAGGGUUCGCUGUUCAUACAGGCCCUGUGUGAAGUUCUGAAGGAACAUGGCGCAACACUUGACCUCAUGACCUUAAUGACACGAGUCAACAAGAUGGUGGCAUACGGAUUCGAAGUUCAAGAAAUAAAGGAUGUUAAAAGGCCUUAUGUUUACAAGAUGAAACAAAUACCUAGUGUGUUGUCCAUGUUGACCAAGGAUGUAUACUUUCGGCCUAAACAGUAGCAUUUAUUGUUAAUGUUGAUGAUAAUGACUCUCACGCCUCAUUAGAAAAGGCAAAUGAGGAAAAUAACAUUUCUCUUUUGGGCAUGCAUAAACUAUAAACUAAAGAAUCUCACACAAAUCCUUUCACAACGCCGCCACCUCCCAUCAAGGGAGGUUCACGGGAGGGUUGCAAUUCGCUGUGCCAGCCACUUUAAGCUGACACGCCCGGAUAUAACUGAAAUACUGUUAAAAGCGGUGUGAAACAGAACUCACUCACUCACUCACAUUAACCCGAAGAGCAAAUAAAUCUUUUAAUGGUCCCAUGUUCACUUUGUGUUUAUAUUUUGUAGCUAAACACGGUAAAGUAUACAGUACAUGUACAUAUGCUGACAGACCCGUGAAGAUCCGGGGUAGAAUAGGUCUUCAGCAACCCAUGCUUGCCGUAAAAGUAGACUGUUCUUGUCGUUAGAUACGACUAACGUGAUCGGGUGGUCAGGAUCGCUGACUUGGUAGAUGCAUGUCAUCGUAUCCCAAUUUCGUAGAUCAA